UGUAUGUUAGGCCUACACACAGAUAGAUAGACCUAGAUUUCUAGAUCUAGAAUUUAGAUCUAGAGUCUAGAUAUCACUCGUUAACCCUGCAGGAACACCCUAAGAUACCGAUAUUUUGUGUCUUUUAUUAAUUAGCUAGACAGAUCCAUAGAGACCAGAUCUAGAUCUAAAAUAAUAAAAAAAAAAUCUAGCCUAAACUUUUCAGACUUUUUUAAACGUCACUCGGAGUCAUUGCGUACACACACACAACAGGACACACGUCAAGAUGACUACUUUCCAGGAGCUGCCUUCAGAGUUAGUGGAUGAGAUCUGGCAAGUGAUGAACGAAAUUGCAAAUGAUUCUUUUACAGUACAGAAAAGUGAAUUUUCUUUUGAAUGUGAUGGAGAUGAAGAAGAAAAUGACUCCCCAGAGAGUGAUAAGAAGCAGGAAUUUAAAAAGGCUGCAAACAAAUUGGCAAAGAUUGGAGACCAGUUGACUCAGGAACAGGAUAAGAAAAAAGAGGAGGAUAACCUUGUUCAAGAAAUAGUUGCUUACUUGCUAGACAAAUCAAGAGAAAUAGAUGAGAAAUUAGGGCCUCAGUUGAGUUCCUCCCUAUCAUUUCAAAGCUUAUUCUCAAACCCAUUCUGGAGCGUCAUUUAUGGCAGCUACCGUUCAAAAAUGGAAGGGUUCAUUGGCUCAAACAGUGAGGUAACAGAAAUUGCUCUGGUCUCUCAUGUUACCAAAGGAAUAGUUAGAUCGACUGGGAUGUCAUCUUCCCUAGUGGCUUCCCUUUCUACCCAAUUCAUCAUUGAGAAAUGUGGAGGCUAUCUGAAAAAAUCUGGCAGUCUGGUUAAAAUUGCCUCAUCUGCCGCAGAAUGAAGCUGCUGCCACGCAGCUAGGGUCUCAGAGGUCACAUUUUAAAUGCUCAUUGUUAGCCUUCUUCCAUAUAACAGCAUUACCCUUCUACACAGGUGAAAUAAUUCUAUGCAAUGUAAUAUCAAGAGCUUUCAACUGUUUUGAUCUCUGUAAGAUUUAUGAUAUACAUUGGCCCUUGCUACUUUUAUAAUAUCUUUCAGUAGCAUGAAUUAUAAAAUAAUUUUCUUUAUUGUUCCAUAGUGCCUUUUUUCUUGUGAUACUUUAAGUCAGUUUGUUUAUAUUGAAUGGGGAAGUAUGUACUUUGUGUAAUUUUUCUCUCGUAAAAAUUAAGAAUCACAUAUUUAUUUAAUUUUGAUGAAUCACUGUUGUGUAUUACAGUAUUAAAUUUUUGUGUUUUUGUUACAUUCGGCCCAGUUAUUUAAUAUGUACACUGUACUACUGACAAUACUUGCCAAAGAAAAGAAGUAUUUAUUUUCAAAUAUCUGUUAUAUUAAUCUUGACACGAAAUUUUUUUUUUUUAUUUGAACAGCACCAAAAAAUAAUGUUACAUUUUUUUUCACAUGAGCAUACCUCUCCACAUCACGAAAAUGUAAUAUUUUUCAACUUAUUUUAUCGUUAGUAUUAACUAAAAUUAUCAGAAAUUUUAUUUUUAUUAAAUUUAAUUGUUACAAUUGAAACGUCUCUGAUGUGUAAGUCGCAAGAUGACAGAGAACUUAAACAUUCCACUUGUAUAUUUGUACAUCAUCCUUUCGCAACAUAGGGCACUAUUAAAUUAAAUUCCAAAAUGUCCAUUUUAUAAACAGAUUUAUAAUUAGCCUGCCUGCAAGGUGAUUUAAUUACAAUUAACUAUUUGUUUGAAAUUCGUACUAUAUUGCUUUUUUUCUUUUCAUUCAAAAACCCAUCCUUGUCAUUCUGAAGACCAGAGUUAUCCAAUUGAUUAUCUAUGAGAAUGUUACUUAAAUUGUUUUAGAAUAUUUGAGAAAAAGGUGUUUUAUCAAUUUAAAACACAGUAGUACUUUUAUCCGUUUUUUAAAAUAUUUUAAAGCAUUCAGCAUUUUAAACACGUAAUAUAAUUAUUUAAAGGUAUUUAUUGUUUAUAAAUUCAUGAUAAAAAUGUACGUUGUCUUUAAAAGAAAUACUCAUUACAAUUUUAUACAUCUUAAGCAAAAACUAAAAACUUUUUUAGCAUGUUCAACUUUGUUUUAAAGCAAUCUACGAUACCCCCAAUUACUCUGUACUAAAAAUUAAAACAAAUUGUUUAUACAGACAGGUAACAAAUUAACCUCUGUGCCUGAUGUUUUUACAUUUAAUUACUGUAAAUAAUUUAAAUAGAAGUUACUUUCUUGUUCAAAUUGAAAAGCUAAUUUAAUAGAUUAAUGUGCAGUUACUAAAAUUAAUUUAUAAACUGUUUUUUGUUGAGUGGAACAUUGUGCAUGGAGAUGCACUUGUGUUGUUUUUUUUCCUUCCAUUGUUCACUUGCUCAUAUCUUUAUUAAAUUGUUUUAAGUUGGAAA